AUGGUACUUGCGCGAACAACAAAACAGUGGUCCUGUCCCAAUAAUUGGAGUUCGAACAAUGUAUGGGUCGAUGCAAAUGAUCGGCUUCAUCUUAAACUGACCUAUUCAUCAUCGAAUGAUGGAUGGACAUGUGCCGAGUUAUAUAGUCAAACAAGUUUUACCUAUGGUACUUUUAAAUGGCAUAUUGAAGCUGCUAUUGACAACUUCGAUCCAAAUGUAGUAUUGGGUCUUUUUACCUAUGGUUUACCCGAUGGAGCAAACGAGAUUGAUAUUUAA